AUGAACGCAAAAUCAGAUAUAACCGAGACGGCUAAGCGACGCUUGGCUUUCCAGAAAACAUUCAGUCAAGAGCAUGGCGGCUGGAGAAAGAAAAGUUUGAUUGCCGAUGCCAAAUUCGAGACCGCAGCCAACAAAGAGUUCAAGAAGCAAGAACGCCGUCUUAGCAAGGCGGACUCUUUCGGGGAUGUGGAAGGAUUUGCUCCUGGACUACUUCCUGACGAUUUCCCUGAUGAGUUUUCUGCUUUCAACCUUCUGGUCACUCUCAAGGAAGGGACUAUCAGUCUGGCAAAAGUCAUUCGGUUGUUCGAGAAUGGCCAAGUGUUUAUCACACACAUCGAGUCCCGGAAGUGUCUGUCGGUCCCGCAACAGUACCAGCUGUUUCUGCAGAUUGUCUGCACACAUGACACCUUCUGUCACUUGACCAACACAGUCAAGCAAAACCCCCUGGUCUGUGAUGUAAAACUCCUAGAGGAGAAGGAACCGGAGAGAAAAGAUGUCUGGUUUCCCCGCCACAUCUCAGAGCUCGACGCCUGUACACAUCUCAUCACCAGGUACGAACCGGAUCUGGACUACACACAUCCUGGUUUUGCAGACAAGAACUACAGACUGCGGAGGAAGGAAAUUGCAGACAUCGCCUUUGAGUAUCGCUACGGUAAUGCGAUACCAAGAGUCCAGUACACCGAGGAAGAAAAUGCCACCUGGCGCCAUGUGUACAGGAGGCUAAAGAAGCUGUUCCCGACUCACGCCUGCAAAGAGCAUAUCUCCGUGUUCAAUACGCUGGAGCAAGAGGGUGGUUAUUGCGAGGACAAGAUUCCCCAGCUUGAGGAUGUCUCCAAUUUUCUCAAAC